GUUCUGACGUUGGCCGCGUAUCUCUCUCUCGUCAAUCAGCAAGCGAUUAUUUCUUUCCCGCGCGAUAAUGCGCGUCAGGUGUUAGUCGGUUGCCGCUUGUCGUCGCGCGUGGAUCGUCAAAACAUCGCGAACAAGCGUGUGUUGCGCCAACAAACGCUUCAGACAUUCCUCCGAGGAAACCCGAAUACGUCGAAAGUUCACUCGAGACGUGUUCUUUUCGUUUGCGACAAUCAGCGGAGCGCGAGAUGACAACGAUGACGGAAUUUGAGGAAAGCGUGUCCUUCGACGCGGACGAUCCGGAUUUUGCGCCUUCCGCGGAGGCACGAAACGUCCUUCACGACGUGAGACGUUUCGCGGAUGCCGAACCCAACGUCAGUAAAGCGUCUACUUAUCAGUGCAACAUGUCGGUUACCUCCGUGCAGCCAGCCACCACCGAGAGCCUCUCCCGUCAUGGAAGCAACAUCUCGCUGUCCUGUCACAGUUUAUGCGGUAGCAUGGACGACAACAUGCAGGGCUCGCAUCCUCAAUACCAGGACACAAUCCUGACGAUCGAGGAGCUGCGUGCUCAGCUCAACUCCUGCUUUACAUGCGGAGUCUCGUGGAGCGAAGAGCACGUCUCUCUGGAUUGCAGUGAGUGCGGCGGUUAUUCCUUACAACGACCGUGCCCGCUCUGCGACGGCCGUUGCCGCACCGCGUGGAAGCGUGACCUCACCAUGUCUCAUGCGAGCGGCAAAGCAAGAUGGAUCGGCGAGUGCGGGCUGAGUUGCGGACCCUCUAUGGAGGAAUCGUUGGUGCCCGCGUUAGAGAAGCUACGGGCCACCUCGUGAACGGCCUCAGUUCGAGCAUCGUCAACCAUGCACAAGACUUAAAAAUCCAUCACCAACCAUCUAGUGUUACCCACCACUAUCACGCGAGAUUCGAGAAGAGAGAGAGAGAGAGAGAAAGAGAGAGAAUGUGUGUGUGUGUGUGUGUGUGUGUGUGUGAGAGAGAGAAAGAAAGAGAGAGAGAAAGAAAGAGUGAGUGAGUGUUUUGUGUGUACGUAUGUAAAUACGAACCGCAGACGAUACGCAUUACGUUCCUGAAGAAGGCUGACGAAGAAAAAGAAGAAGAGAAGAACUCCCCUCUGUCUCGGAAAAUAGCGUAGCUUCCUUUCUAAAGAUACGAAGCUGGAUCCGCACAGUAAAACUGCACAGCUACACGAUCCACGUCCGAGAUCUUAUACGCGAAUGUUUCUUGCAUUGCUGCGAACUAGUUGGAACUAAUUUGCACUUUGAGAACCGACUAUACUUUCAGAAAAUGUGUAUGUCAUUUCUGUUAUUUAUUUCUACUUCGAUAUUUUCUGGGCAAAGCUUAAGAUGAUCGAAUAACAUACACGAUUUCCAUUAGAAAAAUAACAAAGUUCAAUUUAUUUUUUUUUAUAAGAUUUUUUGCAACUGAUUUAGCGAUUUACUCUUUUUCAUAUUUAUGACAAAAUUUAAGAUUGAUCGAAGGUGAAGCGGAUAUUUUUGCCUCUCUGGUGUUGAUUUACGAAUAUAUUCAAAUUGAGAAUUUUUUUGUGCGUAAAACAAGAAAAAAAAAUCUUGCGUCCUGAGAAAAAUCUUGAAAUUUUCGUUGCGCGAAGCGCAUCUUCAAGCUCUCGAUUGAAUCGAAACGAUUCGACAUUCUUGGGAAUUGAAAAACGACCAAUUUUGUCCACGUGAAAUAACUGACUUUGAACCGUCGCAUCGUUUUCGAGAUAUCGACUUCGCGCACCAGCAUGUAGCGUCGUGUUCAUUCUCCAUAACUACAAUACGUUACUUGUCUCGAAUAUGUGUGAAUUUUCUUUCACAUUUUUUUUCAUGUAGCAGCAGAAUUGAACUUUCCUCUUGACUAUGACUACCAUUUUUUUAUACGGACUCCUACUACCAUACAAAUCGCAAACAGCAUUUCUCUCGGGCGGACACGCUGUGUCGCGAAAAUGCGACUUCGACGAGAUUUGUAACAACGAUAGUCCGUCCGGGAUCUUCACAUUUCACAUUUGUUUUUUUUUUUUUUUUUUACAACACAUACGUCGAGAAACGCUAUUUUUGUUUCAAACUUUUUUACGAUGAAAAAGAAAGAAACAAGUUUCUUAGAUAUCUCGGCCUCUCUCUGUCGUGCGAGAAAGCACGAGGUUGCGUUUACACGAAUAGAAUAAUUUUUUAUUAGGCGACAAUUAAUCGAUCGAGCGAUCUGACGGCGAGAAGAGCGUCUCUUUUACGAAUCUCUCUUUUCGCGACGAGAGCACGACGUAUCGAUUUUGUAGAUAAAAUAAAUUAUUAUGAUUAUUCGGUAUAUCUAUCACGCUUGAAAAAAAAAUCGAGUCAAGUAUAUUAUCGACGAGAUAAAUCAAUCCCGAGCUUUGCGAAAUGUAUACGAUUGUAAACGAAUUAUUAGUUGAAGUUCCGACUUUUAGCGGGGACUUUAAAUGUUUAAUAUAUAUACAUAUAUAUAUAUUAAACGCGUGUGACCGUCAUAGUCCUAAGAAUUGAUUGAAGGCAAUUUGUGCGUUACGAAGAAAACUGUUUCCACACACAGAAAAAAGAUAGAAAUCCGUGUCGAAGUUGGUACGGCGAGAUAUUGAAGGAGUGUACAAAAAAGAAAAAUGUAUUACACGUAUUAUCAUUAUUAUAUAUCCGUUUGUACAUUUUUGUAUGUAAAACGGAAGUCACAAAGCGAAUCUCCUUUAGGUCUGUGUGUGAAAGUGUUAAAGAAAACUGGUUACAAUUCAAACGAACUAGUUACAUUAACGUUUCACGACAAUGAUACGUCUUGCUCGUUUCUUUUUUUCCUCCAGUUUCUCAAAUCGUCCGCUUUCUCGGCGAACUCUUUUGCCGCACGCGGAUGCGACAAGAAAAGAGUUUCAGCUCUUCUAAAAUUGUGCGUGUGAGCGUUUAAUCACGCAGUUUAAUUUAAGAAUUGACACAAAAAAGAUCGCAAGUGCCAAACGGAAAAUCUUUUGGACGCGCCGUUGAAAAGAAAAAAAAUGUAGAAACUUAUUUUCGCCUGCGGUAAUAUUUCAAUAUGUCGCCGUUUUGACGUAUUUCGAUUGAAAUUCUACUCUUGCUUCGAAUAUCUGAAUCGCGCAUACACACAACCGCAGGAAUAUACAAUUAAUGUAAUUAAGUAAAAAUUUAAUAAAUGUCUAAUUUAUUCUUUUGUAAUUUUGCGCGCGAUGUUCUCUUUACAUGCUCGCUGUACAAAGUAAUGACGCUUGUAGAAUUUUUUGUGUCCAGAUCCGUUUUUUUUUGGGAAAGCAUUUACGUCGUGCCAAUGACUUUCGGAUUUUUAUCGCAUUGUUUUAUAAGGAAUUCCGUGCCGAAGCCUUUCUUAGCAAUAUACGAAGAUAAAAAAAGAAAAACGAACAUUUUCGGAUAUAUACAUUUUAUCAAACUUUUCUCUCACCAGCGCGCGUGUAUGUGUGUAUGCACAUACAACUGCGAAUGCGAGUACAUGCCGAUGUGAAAAAAAAAAAAAAAAAAAA